CAUAAGAUCCCGGAUGUGACGUCGCAAAGUCCCAGCGCCCUCACAAGCAUGGCCGCGCGCAGGAGCGUCGGUGCUGGACGGAGUUUAUCUGCACUUCUAACGAGAUCGUAUCCUGUGUGCAGUUACCAUGGGACAGGGCUCACCAGGCCACCCCUUCACAAAGUGGCCAGAAGUCCCAUUCCACAGCAAACAGCCGCUGUGUUUAUCAGAAACAUGUUCAUUCAGACCCAAGACACUCCGAACCCAAACAGCCUGAAGUUUCUUCCUGGGCGUGUGGUGCUGGAAGCAGGGACUAUGGACUUCGCUGGACCUAGAGAUGCGUAUUGUUCACCCCUGGCACGGCAGUUGUUCAGAAUAGAUGGAGUCAAGGGUGUCUUCUUCGGUCCCGACUUCAUAACCAUUACUAAGGCUGAUGGUCAAACAGAGUGGAGAGUGAUCAAACCGGAUGUCUUCGCCACCAUUAUGGACUUCUUCACCUCUGGACUUCCUGUUGUCAACGAGGCAGAUGCUCCACGUGCCGACACGGCUCCUUCUGAGGAUGACGAUGAGGUGGUGGCCAUGAUUAAAGAACUGCUGGACACACGCAUAAGGCCCACAGUGCAGGAGGAUGGUGGUGACGUGUUGUAUCGGGGUUUCGAGGACGGUAUUGUAAAGCUGAAGCUGCAGGGUUCCUGCACCAGCUGUCCCAGCUCCAUCAUCACGCUGAAGAGCGGCAUCCAGAACAUGCUGCAGUUCUACGUUCCCGAGGUGGAAGGAGUCGAGCAGGUAAAGGAAGAGGAUGUGGAUGUCCUUUCUUCAUAAUAAAUUACCCAGCACCCCUCUUUCCCAUCAACGUCCAUUCAUGUAGAAGGAGUCUUGAGUUUAGUAGAGACUACUUAGUUACACAGCUGUAAGGAAAAUGGACAAAACUGUGUGUCCUCACACUCCUUUAAACAUAUAUUAGCUACAGACAUUGAUAUUAAGACAUCAGGUGUGCAGGAAAUGUUUUUAGCCUGCACUUUUGUGUAGACAAUGUUUGGUCGGUGCUGUAACAGGUUUGGGUUGGUCAUCCAUAAUAUUUUAUAGAUUAGCACUCGUUGCACUGGUUAAAACAAAAAGCAGAAUUUCAUGUAUGUGUGAAUAAGUUGCAAUAUGCAUUUUCCCAGAUGCAUGUAAAUAUCAUCUUUAGAAAUCUCCUGGUUUAAUGGAUUUUCAGGAAUCUUGAUUGUAUCAGAGCAAAGCAUCUGCUAAAUGAAUAAAUAUAACUGAAUUAUAUUAAAAGGACUUCAAAUAUGUUGAAAUACGUUUUGAUUCAUGAAAGACGUUUUGAUUGGUGGCUAUUCAAAAUGGCCCUUUAAGUAUUCAAAAUAUAUAUAUUUUUAUUUACAGAAGGAAAUGUUACAUGUAGAAAUUAUUUGGUCUGUGGCUAGCCUCUUCUAAAGGAUCAAAUGCAUAAAUAUUAAUGAUAA